GCGGUAUGAUUGCUGUGUGGUCCCAUGGUGUUUAUACUUGCGUACUAUUGUUUAUACAGAUGAACGUGGUACCUUCAGACAUUUAGAAAUUGCUCCCAAGGAUGAACCAGACUUGUGGAGGCCUACAAUUUUUUUUCUGAGGUCUUGGCUGACUUCUUUUGAUUUUCCCAUGAUGUCAAGCAAAGAGGCACUGAGUUUGAAGGUUGUAAAAGGCACCUCCUCUGCCUCUAAGCAAAAUGCCUUAUGGGAUUUAUCCUCAGCAAAACUGACAUCCUAUUACAUUCCAAAAUUUGUGGACCAAGGAUAAAAGCUCUGUUUUCUAUGAAAAGAUUUUAUACUAAAUCUGCUGGAGCAGACCAUUUCUGGAUCGCAAACCUGCCGUCCUCGUCUCCAGAAUUAACUCUCCGACCGUCCCACAGGGUGACUGCCUAUCAUGAGAUUCCGAAUUUACAAGCGAAAGGUGGUAAUACUGACUUUAUUGGUCAUAAUCGGUGGAUUUGCCAUCUGGAAUAGUGGUAAGACGAAGAAGGCAAGCGCUGCUGUGGUUCCUAAGGAGGCGGAGACCGUUAAACGGAGUAGCGGUAAUAGUCAGGUACAGGUCACGCUACCGGUAACUCGGAAACCCGUCAAUGAGACACUUCCAGAAAAACAACCAGCUGCCAAACCUGAAGUGGAUAACACUACCCUGGUGUACAGAGGGAUUGUGUUUCAACUCAACUUUGACCAGACCUUGAGAAACGAGGAGAAGUUUCGGUCAGUGCGACAGAAGGAUGAUCUCGUCGUAGUCGUUCAGGUACACAACCGUCCAGAAUACCUGCGACUCUUGGUGGAUAGUUUGAGAAAGGCAGAGGGCAUUGAGAAUGUUUUGCUGAUAUUCAGCCAUGACUUCUGGUCCCCAGAGAUCAACCAGAUAGUCACCUCCAUUGACUUCUGUCUUGUCCUUCAAAUUUUCUUCCCUUUUAGUAUCCAGCUCUAUCCUCAAGAGUUCCCAGGGAAUGAUCCAAGAGACUGUCCCCGAGACAUAUCCAAGAAAGAUGCCUUAACUUUAGGCUGCAUAAAUGCAGAGUACCCAGACUCCUUCGGCCACUAUCGGGAAGCCAAGUUCUCUCAGACCAAACACCACUGGUGGUGGAAGCUGCACUUUGUUUGGGAUAGAGUCCGGGUGUUGAAAGACCACCAAGGGCUCGUGUUGCUCAUUGAAGAGGACCACUACCUUGCCCCCGAUUUUUAUCAGCUUCUCAAGCUGAUGUCGUCGCUAAAGAAAGAGCAGUGUCCUGAUUGUGAUAUCCUGUCUUUGGGGAGCUACGGGCACAUCAGCUAUUCCAGUAAAGCCAACAAAGUUGAGGUGAAAGCGUGGAAGUCCACUGAGCACAACAUGGGAAUGGCGCUAAGCCGGAAUGCAUACCAGAAGCUCCUCAGAUGUACCGAUGCCUUCUGCACCUACGACGACUACAACUGGGACUGGUCUUUGCAGCACCUUACCGUGACUUGUUUGCCCACGUUCCUGAAGGUCAUGGUCUGCGAGGCACCUCGCAUUUUCCACGCUGGCGAUUGUGGCAUGCACCACAAAAAGUCAGCAUGCAUGCCGACUAGCCAGAAGACAAAGAUCGAAAACAUUCUUCAGAUCAGCAGGAAUCAGCUGUUCCCAAAACAGUUGCUUAUCACAAAGAGACUGCCUGCAUUGGGGGCCAAAGGAGUGGCCCCCCAUGUCAAAAAUGGAGGUUGGGGUGACAUCAGGGACCAUGAACUCUGCAAGAGCUAUCUUCGAUUACAGUGACUGUUUAUUCUCUCUUUUUUGUUGUUUUUGCAUCCUCUAAUGAAAGCCUUUGAGAAUUCUUUAUGGACUAUUUCAUCAUAUUGCCUGUUUUAUUGAAAUAUUCCAAAUAAUAAAAAAAGUAUGUGACGUUUGGAUUCGGUGGUUAUGAGCAUCAUUUAAGUAUUAUCUUAAGUAUUGUCAUCGUUGUCUCUAGGGCUGGGCAAUAUAUUGGAUGAUCGGAAUAUAUUUGCGAUGAUUUUGCUGUUAAUAUGAAAGUAAACAACAUUGUAAAUAUUGCAGUGAUUCUAAAUGAUUUUUAUUGGGCUAUCAACUUUCCUUAAGAUCGUGUUAUUUCCCGAUAUCUAAACCAGCAUUAAAGGAAUAUUUCGGAUUCAAUACAAAUUAAGCUUAAUCGACAGCAUUUCUGGCAUAAUGUUUAUUAUGAUAAAAAAUUAAUAAUAAUUUUGGCUUGUCCCAACUUUUCUAGCACCCUAGAUGAAAUUGCAAAAAUAAAAAUUGUUUCAUACCGCUUUGCGAAAACGCCCCCCCCCCCAACCCGUUGAUAUUGCAUAUUCCCACUCCCAAUUCAUGUCAUUGUUCGAAGCAAUGUUGUUGUGUCGGACUGCAAGGGCAGGUCAAAACAAACAGGAAUUUUUAUAGCUCUACAGAGACACAGUGUUUACAGAAAAUUAACCUAUGAAGGUCUUAUAGUUAGAGUUGUCUCUGCAUAUUAAGUUGGGAUUGGAGAAAGUAUUUUAACACUGAAAAAGUUACACACUUCAGCUUUAAUUGUUUUUAACUAAAUGGUUGGUUGAAAUGUUUUUCAUUUUUAGAGCAAAUCCAUACAUAUGGAGAUAUAUAUCAAAUAUCGUCAAAGGCUGUAUUAAUUUUAAAGCUAUAUCACCCUAGUUGCCACUUAUAUCUGUUGAGAUUAUAGCAUUUUUGUGCCAUUUUAAAGACUUUUUUUGUAUGCAUAAUAUUCAUAUCUGCAAAAAGCAUGCAACUUUCUUCUGAAAUAUAUACAGUAUGUGUGUAUAUACAUACCUGCAGACAAAAUACAUGGAAUGUUUACUUUUUAUCUGUUUUUGACAUUCUGUUAAAUAUUAUGCUGAACUACUGGGCUAUUUUUGAUAUGCAGAUGAACUAUUUUAUAUUUGCUUGAACGUGACUGACCAUUUUAAAGGUGUAGCCUUUGAAGUUUUGCUUCAUAUUAAACAUAUUCAAGUAUUGGAAUGGUUUUAAAGCUUUUGCAAGACAUUAAAAUUGCCCUGACUAUCUCGCAGUCCUCAUUAGCCCCAUAUAGACAUUUUGUCCUAUAUACACGAGCUUCCAUUUCGCCGUGCCACAGAUAUAAUGAAGUGUGAAAAGCCUUGGAGAUAUAUAGGGUUGUGAUGUAUUGAAGCUUUAUGACCACUAUACUUGGUAGAGUACAUGCAGUGUUGGGUGUAAUGCAUUACUAAGUAAUUCAAUACUGUAAAUUACUUUUUCAUUGUAAAAAGUAAGGGAUUACUCUUAUUUUUUCAGUAAUUUAAUUAGUUACUUCUGAUGUAAUUGUGUUAAAUACUUUAUAGACUAUGGAACAAUUCUACAUAAAAAAAUAGCGAAUUUAAAAUCGAAAUUUAACGUCUGAUGUUCAAAUGUAUGUUUUCUAAUUUAACGCUGCCCCUUUAAAUUCUUUGGCCAGUUCAUGAAUAAUUUAUUAGAUUUUAUAUGAUUUACUUGAAAGAAUUAAAAGAACAGUUUCAUGUCUAUCCUUGUAUUUUUCAUCUUGUCGAGGUUGAUCAGGGUUUUAGAAAGUAAUUAGUAAUAAGUAAUGCAAUUACUUUUCAGACAGAGUAAUUAGUACAGUAAUCUAAUUACACUGUAGAAGAUGUAAUUAGUAGUUAGUAAUUAAUUAGUUUUUUAGAGUAACUUACCCAACACUGUACACGUGAAUAACAUUGGUAAUUUGUAUUAUCAGUUUUUUUGCAUCUACUGUAAAUGUACUAUGACAACCACAGGUAGUCAAGUCAAAGAGCUAGUUAACAUGUAAACAAAAUUGACACUCUUUACAUUGCAAAAUAAUCACACGUGAAGUUGGCAUGUUGUUUCUGAGUGUUCUGGUACCCUAGGAUAAGCACUAGGAAAUUGACAUUUUUACUUCGAAUCCGGUGCGUUUCCCUUCCCCUGAGGUGCGACUGGUAGCAUGUUGCGUCAGCAGCGUGGGAGACCCAGGUUCGGAUCCCGCAUUGAAACCAGGAAGUAAUCGAGCCCGAUUCGGAGGUAGCAGUUUUACUCCACUGAUGGUUAGGUUUAGGUUUGGGGUUUGGGUUUGAGGUUUCAGUUUAUAAAAUAUGCAUUACUCUUCACUGUAUUACCUAAAACAACUCUCUUUACCACUCACUUUUGGCGCCCCUCUGUGGACAUUACAGCUUGAAAACAAGUAUAGGUCUCUGCAGAACAAUAAUGGGUGUUUUCCAAUCUGUGGGCAUUUUCAAACCAGGAUGGGCAUUUCUAAACUAUCCAAUGAAAGAAGGGAAUUUCAGUGGUUUGAAAAUGCACACUGAUUGAGAAAAGCCCAUUUUUGUUCUGCAGAGACGUAAGUCUUCCUGAAAAUGGCACUCACACGUGCCCAUAAGCCCAACAACACUUACCGCUUUGGCCACUGGGGGCAGUGUUUCGCAUUUUGGUAAGCACAGAUCGAUUUCCACUAAAGAAAAGUCAACCUACUGUUGCCGAUUUCACUGUGAGAUCAUUCUUGAUACUUUUUCCUGGUCUUAUUGUGCAGAAUUCAUCAGUGCAUGUUAUGCCAAAGACAAUUUUUUAUUUUAUUUGUAAUCUUUCAUCAAAUGUAAUAACUUAAAUAUUUGCUUCUGAAAAAACUUUAUUUUCGGCUGGCGUCUUCAAGCCCUCUUAUUUUUCAACCACCUGUCAUAUAGAGACACUUUACACCAUCCAAUCAAUUCCUCAUGGAUAAAAUCAAUUAAUAAAAUCAAGUAAUGCCCUACAUUUUAAUUCUUGUUGAAUAUUCUGUUUCGAUCGGAAAUAUGUCAGAUUACUAAAGUAAAAUGGGUUGUGAAUGCUGUUUCAUGUUGACUAAAUAUUUGUGCUAAUUUUGCCAAUUAUUUCAGCUACCAGCAAGAGUUUAGUAGGCAACUCUUGGCUCAGUUUACCAAAUUUGACCAUGUUCUAGUCCAUUUUGCUCAUUUUCAAUGCAGGAAAUGCAAAACAAGUUUGCAGAAUUCACCUGGGUCUGUUUAUACAUUAGGUUUUAAGCACUUUAAUAAUGGCUAGCCAGUUGGAUGUGCCAUAUAUUUCAGUCUCCAAUCUUACACAAUUUUUAUUGACACUCACUUUCUGGUUAAAUGUACCAGUUUGGGGGGUCUGGGUAGCUCAGUGAGUAUUGACGCUGACUACCACCCCUGGAGUCGCGAGUUUGAAUCCAGGGUGUGCUGAGUGACUCCAGCCAGGUCUCCUAAGCAACCAAAUUGGCCCAGUUGCUAGGGAGGGUAGAGUCACAUGGGGUAACCUCCUCGUGGUCGUUAUAAUGUGGUUCUCGCUCUCGGUGGGGCACGUGGUGAGUUGUGCAUGGAUGCCGCGGAGAAUAGCGUGAGCCUCCACAUGCACUAGGUCUCCGCACUAACAUGCUCAACAAGCCUCAACAAUAAGAUGUGCGGAUUGACGGACUUGGACACGGAGGCAACUGAGAUUCGUCCUCUGCCACCCGGAUUGAAGCGAGUCACAACGCCACCACGAGGACUUAGAGCACAUUGGGAAUUGGGCAUUCCAAAUUGGGGAGAAAAAAUAAAAAAAAU